AUGAAGUCCAGCGAAAAGAUGGACUGUGGUUGCAGCGCUCUCUUUGAGGACCCGGAUUUCCCUUCGGAUGACUCAUCCCUUUUCCUUGAUGGAUCCACACCCAUCUCCAGACUGCAGGACCAAAUCACUUGGUUACGACCACAGGAGAUCUGCCAGACACCAGUUUUCUUCUCUGACAACAUCAACUUGAGUCAUGCCAAACAAGGAUUGCUGGGAGACUGUUGGUUUCUGUGUGCCUGCGCUGUCCUCCUCAAGAACAAGCACCUCAUGGACAAGGUCUUUCCUCCUGACCAACCCUUGUGGGGUGACAGCAAGUACAGAGGCUCCUUUCACUUUCACUUUUGGGUGAAGGGACACUGGAUAGAGGUGAUCAUUGAUGACAGGCUGCCUUGUGUUGAUUCGGCUCUCUGCUUCUCACACUGCCAUGCACCCUCUGCCUUCUGGGUGGCUCUUCUAGAGAAGGCAUAUGCCAAACUUCACGGUUCAUACGAGCAGCUGUGGGCCGGGCAGGUGUCCGAGGCCUUGGUAGACCUGACUGGGGGUCUUGCAGAAUCCUGGAGCUUGUCCGACUUCGGUUCCGAGGACAAACUGGACACACCAGAGGAGAACUAUAAGCAGAGGAGGAGGAAAAGGCUAGAUCUGGACACGAUAUAUCCAUUAAGAACCACUUGUGCACUCAGUUGCUCCACUCAAAGCAUCCCGGGUGGAGGAAGCGAGCCUGAUCAACACCAUUCCAUGACUGUGAUGGAGUGGCUAGAAGUGAAGACAGUGGGAGGAAGUAGAGUACGACUGUUCAGGAUCAGAAACCCAUGGGGGAGGUGCUGCUGGGGUGGAACCUGGACAGAAGGUGGCGCAGGAUGGCGUUCACUCGAUCCGGCCGAUGCUUCGGAUCUCCAAGCCAGGGCGGCGCAGGGUGACUUCUGGUUGGAUGAGACUGAAUUCCUGUCCCGGUUUGAUGAUGUCACACUAAGCUACCCAAUCAAUGAGGAGGGGCAUCUACAAAGUAUCUACACUGGAAACCUGCUACCUCAUUGCUGUCAUAUCGCCGGACGCUGGGUCAAAGGCCUCUCCUCCGGUGGAAGUCGAAACAGCACUAGCUACAGCAGCAACCCGAAGCUCUGGCUCAAGAUGUCUGAGAAAGGCGAGGUCCUCGUAUCGCUCCUGCAGCACAGGAAGUGGCGACCGUAUUCGGACGGGCCCCUCAAGGACGACACGAGGCACCAGCGCCACCAGGCCAUUGGGUUACACAUGUGGAAGGUUGAGAAAAAACGUUUUAAUCUGAGCCGAACUUUGAACAAACCGCCAUGUGCUUCUACUCACUGCCACGCACACCAGAGGGAGGUGGUGCUCCAUGGACAGCUGGAACCGGGACACUACCUCAUGCUCCCCAGUAUCUACCAGCCAGGAGCAGAGGCCCGCUUCCUCAUCAGGGUCUUCUCCUCCUCUUCUUCGUCCCUCAGUGCCCUGAGAAGCCCAGCACCCCUCCUGCCUUUAAAUCCAGACGGAGAGUGGGAGACAAGUCACCUCCGGGGCUCGUGGGUCGAAAGAAGCUCCGCCGGAGGAAGCAGGAACUUCCCCUCGCACGGGCAGAACCCUUGCUUUCGUUUUACGGUUUGUGACGAGCCAGUUAAGCCAAGUCUCAACGUCAAGGUUACCCUGCGACAGAGCCGAACCGACAGCGAUCUGUUCCCCAUUGGCUUUCAUAUAUACAAGAUACCAGCCGGGGAGCAAAAUCAUUCCGUCCCCAGUGAGGACCCCGUUGCCAGUUGCGUUCCCCACUGCUAUACUCAGGAUGUCAGCUUGUCCUGCUCCCUACCUCUCGGAGCUUACCUCGUCGUACCGUCCACAUACCAGCCUGACUGUGCCGGCGACUUCACCAUCAGCCUUUCCCGGAGAAUAAACAGGAUAGUUGUGAAAAGCCAAGAGAAGCUGGGAAGAGUCAUUCAAGAGGUGUCUCACAUCUCUCUGAUGCAAAGCUAA